UCCUCCUCCUCCUCCUCCUCCUCUUGUGGAAUUCACUGUCCUCGGAGUCACUCCCCUCUCCUGCUGUUCAUCUCUGUGGUCAGUCUGCAGGACGAACACUCUUCACUGAGGAAUCCACCAGACGAAAUAAAGGAGCUGUCUUCUUUCUGAGGACGUGCAAACCCUGCAGUCUGAGGCCUCACCUGCCCUCCUUUCCUCAUCCUCCUCCUCCCCUCUUCACCUCCUGUCUGGGCCCUGCACCUGUUGUGACUCGUCGGCCAGGUGAAGAGGAUCCUCCGGCCUUAUGCUGUUGUUUCAGCUGACCCUAGCUGCAGGGCAAUUAAGAACCCAGUCUACUCAUUAGGCUGGGCUGCUCCUUUGCUCUCUCUCUAUCUCUGUCUCUGUCUCUCUCUCUUUCUUCUGUAACCCACCUCCCUCCCCUCCCUGCCGAUCCCCACCCCCCUCCCAUCUCAUUUCGUCUAGCCCACUCUGAGCCUGCUUGACGCUGCGUCUGUGGAGCUUCACAAGUUUCCCCGCUGGAGUAAAAGUGUGGCUCACAUUGCAAAGAGAGGAAAGUAAAGAGUGAAAAGGAUUUUUUUCUGGUGGAGGGAAGAAGUUGGACUGUUGAAGCAAAAGGAUUGUGGAGUUGGACCAGCAGCAGGUAUGAAAAGCCAGGCUGUGGUUGUGUCUGUGGCUCUGCUGGCCCUGUGCUGCCUGCUGAUCCCCAAAGGAGGGGAGAGCGCAGGGGGGAUAGUUUCUCUCCGGGAGGCUGAAGGGAAGAGGCAGGCAGGGGGUCAGCCGCGAGACCAGUCCCCGGAUGACCCAGAAAGUGAGCAGCAUGGACUCGCAGUGGACCCACACCCACUGGAGGGGGGUAAAAAACACAGAAGAGACACAGAGAAGGCUGCACAGACAGGUAAGAGGAGACAGUUUUGGUUUUAAAUCAGUUCAGAUACGAGUGUCUCAGGUAUGAGAACAAACACACAGUCCAAGUCCAGGUGCUCACCUGGGUCCUCACACCAGAGAAGAAGAAAAAGACACUGACUCAAGCAUCUUGCAGGCAGAUUUUUAAGACACUGACCUUUUCCACUGUGUCUGUAGCUGCAUGAUUAAUGCUGACUCUGGUGCACAGUCACGCUUUUGACCUAAGCUCCAUUUGUAACUCAUACACAUCAGCCCAGAGCAGCUCUUUGAUAUCCUGAGUGAUGGGUCUGCUCUUAACACGCUGCUGAGGCGAUACUGAUACAUUUAUGAGUGUCUGGGCCGAUUCUCUGUCAUUAAAACUGACUCGUGGUAAAUAGAGCUCAGCUAAUGGAAAGAGAGGGAAGUGUUUUCCAUGAAAGUGUCUCAGAACUUCAGACAACCUCAGAGGGAAAUACUGAUGGACCUCAAACAACCACUGAAAUGAAAUCUGGUUAUCUGGAUUUUCCUGCAAACUCUGGGUUUGACAGAGGAGGAAAGAAAUAACUACAUAGUUCUGUUCUCAGUUUGUUCUCGAAUGAUCGAGACAAAUUAAAGUCAGGAUUACAUAAACCCUGGAUUGUUGUCUGAUUGGUUCUGGAAGAUUUCAACCUAAAAGAUUGUUUGAAAUGUAGAAACUGAAGCAGAAGAGGGUUCAGGUUCGGUUCACAGUAGAUGAUUGAUUAGGUCGGUAAAAAGAGCCUCAAAAAACAGACGAAUGCAUGAAUAUUUAUUCUGCGUGUUUAAUGUGAUUCAGACUAAAAGACUCUGGAAACCGCUUUUCUUCUCCUUUGUUUUGUUUUUGUCGUCAGGUAUUCUGGGCAGGGUGAGAAGAGCUCCAGAAGAAGGAAAGAAGAAGAAGAAAGACAAGAAGAAAAACAAAGAACCAAAAGAUCCAAACGCCACCAAAAAGCCCAAAACAGACAAGAAGAAGAAGAAGGACAAACAGACGACCACGACCCCGCCACCGACCACGACAGGUGAGGACUGGAAGGAGUGAAGUUUAGACUCGAAUGACUUUGGACUUGAAUGAGUGAUGUUGACCUCUUGUUUCUCUGAUGCCUUCAGCGAUCCCCACCGAACCUCCCACUGAACCUGACUCAUACGUGGACUACCCCUAUCCUGACGUCGGUGAGUGACAGACACCGGGAAUGAAAACAAAGGAAAAGGUGAUGUGUAGGUUAUUCUUACGCUUCAAAGAUCCCUCCGUUUAUAUCUCCAAAGAAAGAACUAGUUUAGAAAAAACUUCCCAUCAUUAAACUACAAACAUCAGGAAAAAAAACAUGAAGAUCUAAAAAGUCGUAUUUCAACAUAUCAAGUCUACGAAGUUCACAAGACUUGGAUUGAUGGAUUUUUAGGUUGUAAUCUGUGAUACCACAUGAGGCUGUAGAUGAAUAUUUCUUCUUAUAAAGUUGGAAAACCUGGUUUCUGAUUGGAGCUUAAAAGAUCAGCUGAUCAUGGAUACAACCUCUAACAAAGAUGGCAGCCUUCAUUAGUGUUAGUGAACAACAGAAAUGACUCGAUGUCAUUAAAUUUAUUCAUUAGUCAUCUCAGAUUAUCUUUGUUUUUGUGUGGCUGCCUCUGAGCGUCAUGUCAGUGUUUUCUAAGACACACAGAACUGACAAGACGGUAUCAACAGGGUCGAUGUUUGAGUAUAAAGACGAAGAAACUUGGUGGCAUGAACUAGUCAGAACUGGUUCUGAUCAAGGAACCGUUCUCAACGUCCAACCCCAGAACUGGAGCUCUGGAAUGAAUUUUUGAGGGAUUAAAAAAAUGAUGUUUGACAGUUUAAAAUACGAACAGAAACAGAAGUUUUAUAUUAAAAUACAAACAAAAGCAGCUUUUUUAGGACGCUCCAAAUGGUUGAUUUUAACAUCAGUCUCUCCCCUGACAAAGCAAAUAGCCAAUUCUAAUGAAGUAUUUUUUGGUGGCCAAUCUGAGAGGGGUCUGUGCCACCCUCAGCCACCAAAGUGGACUCACCCCUGGUCCUGGUCUGUUCUGAGUCGCUGAUUUCAGACGUCAUCAUCAUUCAGUUCAAACUCCGUCCCUGAAAGUCAAAUUUGUUCAGACCAGAUAAGAGACUCAAAGUUUAUCAAAGCGUACUCCCUCUGUUUCCUGUAAAAGUCUCAUUUCACUGAGACACCCUUUCAAAAUAAAAGCACUGUAAAACAAAAGUAUCUCUAAACAAUCUCUGGAGGAACAUUCAGAAUAUCUGUGUGAACUCUGAGCCGUCGCUCAUUCUUACUCUCUGUUUCUCUGUAAGAUGAAGACUGGAAACCAGAGGAUGAUGAUUACUGGGAUUCCUAUCCCUCACCGUCCAGCCCUGCACCUGAGGUCACAGACGCUCCAUAUGACUACUGGAAACCUGAGGGGGAAGACCCAACCGCUCCAGUGACAGACAUCUAUGAUGACUACUGGAAACCAGCAGAGAAGGAGCCCUCCACCCGGGUACCAGACUCUGACGACUACUGGACUCCAGACGGGAACGAUCCCUACGCCUCUGUGACCGAUAACUACGAGGUCUACUGGAAAGAGCCGGACCCCACACCCCCUGCCCCAGAGGUCGAUAGGAAGGCUGGGACAGAUGAGGGUGAUUACUGGGAUGCCACAUGUAAGUUAGACUCUCUGCUUUGUUUGGUUUGAGGAUUUUUGUGGAGUGGUUGGUUUAUUGGACGAUAAUGACCGUUCAUGGCUGCAGGAGUCUUUGUAAAAACAACUCCAAAGUUCUGAGCAUUAACACAAGUAUUAUUCGAACAGAACCGGGCCCAAAAGCUGGACUUUGAUUCUGAUAUUCUUCAGAUUAGGUUACUCUUGAAGAUAAACAGAUGUGAGGGACGAUGUUUUGUGUCAAAUCAAGACGUGGAGGCGGGUGAGAAAAGGGGCGACCUGUGAAGUUUAGUCAACUUCAGCGAGAGGAGAUAAAUUUAUGUCCAAGAAAAUCAAAUAAUGAGGUUUGAUCUAAUGACUCCACUCAGAGAACGAAUUAAGUAAAGGCUGCCUCGUCCACAGGGGGCGCCAAAACAAAUCAAAAGUUCCUCACUGUAGCUUUAAUGUAAGUUUCAUUCAUAGCACGGCUGUUUGUGUCUCUACAGUCACAGCUGAGAUGAAUCAGAGUCCUGAAAUGUGUUUCAAAGAUGGGGAGCAGGAGGCGGUUUAGAAGGAUCUCCAUCAUGAACCAGUUUGAUCCCAGAGACAACCACAUGACUCAUCUGGGGUCCGUGUAGAAACAGACACGUAGCUUUCCUUUUACAAACUCAAAUGGAACAUUUUAAAUCUGAACACAAUGAUAGGACGUCGGACAAUAAGCUGAGAGCGUUUCCUCUCCCCUGAUUUCAUGUAAACGCCUCUUUAGUUUCUUAAAUUCAGAACUGUUUUAAAUUCUCGGUGACUCAUGGUUUAAGAUUUUGAGCCGUAAUGAAUAAAAACUGCCGUCAGAGCGAAAGUCUGGCUGCUUUGUUUUUGUGACUAAUUCAGUAAUUUGGUUAAGUUUCCAUUUUUAAUGUUUCCAUGGCAACAGAGAGACACUUAAGGCUCCUAUACUUUCAAAAUACGACGCACUAUGAUAAAAAUGAGACCUCUUUCUCAUGGCAGAAUAAAAGUGCUGAACAGACACCGAGUGUAAAAAUCCUUUGGCUCCUCAGACGUGGUUUUUAGACACCCCCCACCCCCACCCCACCCCCCCAGCCUCAGUCCACCUGAAGUAGUCCGCUCCGUCUGGCCUCGUUUUUCCACACGAUCUGAUGUUGGAAACAUUCGGCCGAGUUCUUCUGUCGCACUCAUCUGGACCUGACCGGACAUGUCGUCAUUACUGUUAGUUUCCAGCAGCUGCUCCUCCAACAUUUCCACUGAUUCACUCACUCACUCACUCACUCACUCACUCACUCACUGGUCCGGCCUCCUCUGCAGCUCUCUCUCCUGUGUCUCAGUCCACCUCUGUUACUCAAAUCAAGGCUGUGCUUGACCUUUACAGUUUAACAUGAAGUUUGUUUUCCUCUUCUUCUUCUUCUUCUUCUCCUCACAGACGAGGUGCCGGAUAACCUCCCGUUCCCUGAUGGUAAAGAGGUCAGCCCUGAAAUCAUCGUGGAAACUCUGCCAGGUAACGUCAUCAUACAGGAUCUAAAAAGUGAAGAACAGACACACACAGAGCGGUUCGAUAAUAAGUGAUACAAAAACAUCAAACAGGUUUAAUUAACAAUCAAAGGAAUAAAAGGAAAGCCGGUCUGAUGACCUCUGACAGAUGAUCCCAGAGUCAGAGAUCUGCUGGACCUCCUGCUCCUCCUCCUCGGGGCACAGACAGCAGGCUUCGCUGCGAGGAUCUGAAGGCUCAGGUGGUGCUCUAAGUUCAGAGAUAUGUAGGAGCAGGAACAUGGAGAGAUUUAGGAACUACCAGGAGAUUUUGAAGAUCAGUUCUGAGCUGAGCGAGGAUCCAGAGUAGAGAAGAAAGGAUGGAGGUGACAAAGUGAUGUUUCCAUGACCUUAAAAUCUAAAACUGUGAAUGUUUAAUUGUUGUUUUGGAGUUACUUAAGGACAGUGAAAGAUAUCAGUGCAUGGAUAACGGUUUCUACAUCAGAGGGUCUAAAUGAGAGAAGCUGCAGGUUCUCCGUAGGUGGAGAGGUGGUUUAGGCUGUGAGCAGUAACAGUAGAGUCAAAGAAACGUCUGUUUGUUCUUCUCUUUACUGAAGACAGUUGAGUCGGUCAGGUUUGAGGAAUUAAGAAGCAGGAGGUAAAUCUGAGUGUCAGCGGUGGAUGCAGCAUGUAGAGACUGAACAGUAGUGGACCUAAAACUGAACCCUGGGGAACCCCGCAUAUGAUAGUUGCUGGUGUGGAGGAGGAGUUCCCAGUUAAGAGCAUUUCCAACCAAGUUUGACUCGUGUGUCAAAGGUCGCGCUGAGGUUUAAAAGAACCAGGAUGGAAUAUUUAGCAGCAUCUGCAGCACAGAGGAGGUCAUUUUCAACCCUCAGGAGAGCUGCCUCCAUCUGCGGCGUUCAUGAAAGCCAGACUGGAAUCCUCAGAAAUACUUAAAAGGAACAAAAAGAGAAAAACAAAAUUUCCCUCAAAAACAAAAUUGUUGAAAUUGUUUGGGAUGUUCAGGUCUAGACCAGGCUUCUUUAGUCCUACGGGGACCAGCUGUUUCAGACGACUGUUUCAGGAGCUUUGAUGAAGUUCUGUCAAGUCGGGAUAUCGAGAGCUUCAUGGCUGCAGUUCUUUGUUUGAGCUGAGGGAAGGACACGAAGAAAAGGUCAAAGUUGAAGCGAUCAGAUGUGUGAUAAAGAGUCACUUUAGUCCGUCUGAGUCUCUUCGCUCUACUUCUCACACAGCAGUGGGCGGAUUUCUCCUCCAUAACUGUCCUGUCGUCACGUCACAGCGUCGUUUUCAUUCUUGUAAAUCCAAAUGAAAGAUUUAACGACUGACUGACAUGGUAGGCGUCACAGCGGCGUCCAAACAGACAACAGACGAUGUGGUUGGAUAAAUCAGGGCUAAACUAUCAAACAUCAAACUUUGUUCAUCUUCUAAAAUCUGACUCCUUCUGUCUCUGUGUCCAAAUGAUCGACUGAGACGCCUGAUUUGUGUGUUUUUCUUCACACAGAGGAGCCGACAACCACUUCUCCUUAUGAGGGGACGUGGUAUGAGGAUUACGACGAAUAUGGUACACACACACACACACACACACACACUGCUGCACAUGUUGUCAGUGUGUUUUCAAAGAAAUAUCUGUUUUCCAUUUUCUUCAGGGAGGAAAGAAGACCGAGAGACUGAUGACAAAUGGAUGGAGAGGGAGCGAGAGAGAGCGGCGAAAGAAAGAGAGAGAGAGGAGAAAGGUGAGGGACUCACAUACGGAUCAUUUUUGUUUCUUACAUAACUCCGUUUUGCUCCGUCAUGUCAGACUAUACAUGAUCUGAUGGUUUCCACAGCAGAGAAGGCGGCCUGUGACCGAGGUUCAAAAGUCCAAACCGAUGGCGUUCGCUCUCCUAGAUUACAUUCCUGUUCUAAGACAAUGCAGAUGGGAUUUCCUGCUGUACUGAUGUAGGGACACGCUUUAACUUGCACGACAGGGACAAGAGUUCAGCCUCGCAAAACAAAACGAAGAUGAAGCUCCGAGCUCUCUCAGGAGCGAGAGGAGGAGGGUCAGAUCAGUGAGGGUGAUAGUAAAGAAAAGAGAUCCGUGAGCAGAGGGUGUUGAAAUGUAAUCGCCACGUGUCGUCAGCGUGGAGAGAGGUUAGCCGGUGGUUAAAGCGGGCCUGAAGACACUGAUAUAUAACUCUGUCAGGGCCGGUGUCAAGAGGGCACUUCCUGUGUGCACGCUGCGCUGCCAUCUGACGAGAAGCAUUUUGGCCGAACUUCUGCAGCUGGAGUCAGCAGAUGUGUUUCUGCACAUGCUCAGAUGGGUUCGAGGACAUGGAUGCAUGUGUUUGUCUUCUUAUACAUGAGUGAGAGGAAGCUAACAGCAUGUCUCACACUCCCACAGUAUGUAAGACUCCUGGCGACCACACGAGCAGCAAUAAACUACAGACUGUUGAUGUGGUACAGAGCAAAGUGUGUCAGAUCAUGAAUAAUGAGAGCGAGAGAUGAGAGUCUUCUUCAGUCGCAGCUCUCUGGGUCGGGAUGAUCCGAGUCUGAUCAGAGACUGGGAAGGAAAUCACAACAUCUGGGUUGUUUUUCCUCGGCGCUCCAGCCUUCCAGCUCCCCUUUGGGACUUUUGGCACAUGAAAUCUGCGAAAUAAUGAAGAGUUCCUCGAUUCUGGGCGGAGAGAAAGAGAGGAAAUAUUCAGCCAAGAAAAAACAAUUUAUCCUGCAUUAAGUCUGUUUUUUUCUGGCCUCUUCUAGAGCGAGCCCAGAAGCUGAAGGAGGCGGAGGAACGGGCCAGGAACAGACCGCGAGUCUUCAAAGAGCCAAAGAGUACGUCCGCUGUCUGCUACAAGCUUUGAUAAUAUAAUGAAGGCAUGUUUUGAUUGUCUCUGUGUACGUGGCAGAGUGUCCACCCCUGGGGAUGGAGUCCCACAGGAUCGAGCCAGACCAGCUCUCAGCUUCCUCCAUGUCUCAGUAUGUCUUUGCACCUCAGAGGGCGAGACUCAACAUGCAGGUACACAACAGUCAGAGCAGGACUGCUGCCGUCUGACAUACACUACAGCCAUCACUUACACACUGCCAGACUCAGAUUAAACACCAGGUAUUAGACACAUGUUGGAAAAGCCUGUUAUUGCAGAGUCUGUGGCUUCUAUUCGGCGGUUUUCUUCUUCACUUCACAGCCAAAGAAUCUUCUCAGCAGCUGAGUGAUAAAAACAGCAGAGAAAUCUUAAAUCUGAAACUCUGAUGAGGACCGUGACGGUCUGAUGAGCUGCUGUUUCUUUCUGCUCUGGCCUCUCUGGCUUUCAGGGCUCAGAUGAUGAAGACAGCAUGAGAGGAGGAGCGUGGUGCGCCAACGCCGAGGACAGGAUCCACUGGUUUGAGAUCGAUGCUCGCAGAGAGACGGAGUUCACAGGAGUCAUAACACAAGGACGAGACUCAUCCAACGAGUAAGACACACACAAACGAGCGAAUAUGAAGUUUGUAUCACAAACGUAAAGAAACGAAGGUAAAAUGGUCAUAAAGUGUGCUCUGUGUGUGUGUGCCGUCUAUUCUCAAAGAUAAACUUUACUGUAAUCUUUGACCUGAACUCUGAGGUGAAAACAAAAGUAAGGAGGAUAAGAUGGAAGUUAGAUUCAAACUUUAGCAUCUUCUUCUUCCCAGGAGCGACUUUGUGACGUCUUACUUCCUGGCCUUCAGUAAUGACAGCAGAGAGUGGACCACCAUCCACGAUGGAUACGCAGACUGGGUGAAUCCACCUACAGUUACAUCUCUCCCUUUGGCUCUGUCUCUCUCUCUCUUCUUCACCUCGCUCACUUCUCUUCUUCGUCUCUUUCAUUCAGCUGUUCUUCGGAAACAACGAUAAAGACACUCCUGUGAUGAAUCAGCUGGCCGAGCCCGUGCUGGCUCGAUACAUGCGGAUCAUCCCUCAGAGCUGGAACGGAUCUCUGUGUAUGAGGCUGGAGGUGCUGGGCUGCCCGGUGCCAGGUGAGUCUGAGAUGCAGAAACACACGUGUGCCAACGAAAAACCUGCAGAGAGAAUCAGGUGAAUGUGUUUAUCUUCACAGAUCCAGUGGAGCUUCAGUACAGGCAGAAUGAAGUGACUCCUGUUCACUACCUGAAGUUCAAGCAUCACAGCUACACUGAGAUGGUUGCAGUGAGUAUCUUCUCACACACACACAUGCACGCACGCAGACUUUUGUGACGUCAGGUGUGCUGUACAAGUCUACAGGAGGAAUGGGACACACUCAUUGUUUGUCAUAUACUCAUUGUCAAAUCUGAGUCCAAGUCAUAAAGUAUGAUAAAAAUAUCGUAGUAAAGUAUGAUGAAAAUGUCAUAGUACACUUUGAUAAAAAUUUCAUAUUUUAUUAUGAAAAAUGUCAUAGAUUAAUAUGUUAAAUAUCACAUUUUAGUAUGGAUUAAAAUGUCAUAUUAUGAUGAGGUAAAAAUGUUAUAGCAUUGUAUGAUAAAAGGAUUGUAUUAUAGUAUGAUGAAAAUAUCAUAAGAAUGCAUGAUAAAAAUUCCACAUUGUAGUAUGAAAGAGUCAUAUUAUAGUAUGUAAAACAAUAUCCCAUUUAAGUUUGGAUUAAAAUGUCAUAGUAUAGUAUGGUAAAAAUGUCAUAUAAUAGUAUGUGAAAAAUAUAGCAUUUUAGUUUUGAUAAAAAAAUUCACAUUUAAGUAGUAGUAGUAGUAGUAAAGUGUGAAAAAAGAUAAUAUAAUAGAAUGAUGAAAAUGUCAUAGUAAACAAUGAUAAAAAUUUCACAUUUUAGUAUGAAAAAAUGUCAUAGUAUAAUAUGUUAAAAAAUAACUGAAUAGGAGGCUGGCAGAUAACUCGGCCUGUUCGCGCGCCUGUCUUCAGACCAAAGUCCCAGCUGCAGGUGGGGCUCAAAUCUGAAGCUGAAUGUGUGCUGCAUGUUAUCCCUCAUCUCUUUCUAUUUACCACAUUUCCAAUAUAUCGUAUCAAUCAAAGUCAAAGUAUAGUAUGAUAAAACUGUCAUAGUAUAAUUCUUUAAAAAUUUCAUAUUCUAGUAUAAAAAAUUUCAAAUUUUGUAUAAAUAAAACAUCAAAUAACAGUUUUAUAAAAAUAUCAUAGUAUAGUAUGAUAAAAAAAAAUCAUAUUUUAGUAAAAAAAAUAUUGUAGUAUAGUAUAAUAAAAAUGUCAUAGUAUAUUAUGAUAAAAAUGUAAUCAUAUGCUAUGGUAAAAAUUUCAGAUCUUAGCAUGAAAAAAUGUCACAGUAUAGUAUGUAAAAAAAUCAUAGUUUAGUAUGAAAUAAAUGUCAAAUUUCAGUCUGAAAAAAAGUCAUCGUAUAGCAUGAUGAAAAAUGUUGAAGUACAGUAAAUGUGUGUUUUCAUGUGUGCAGCUCAUGAAGUCGGUGCAUGACGAGUGUCCGAACAUCACCAGCAUCUACAGUCUGGGCCGCAGCACCAAAGGACUGGAAAUCAUGGCCAUGGUCAUCUCUGGAAACCCCACAGAGCACGAGAUAGGUGAGUUUGUGUUUAGUACCACCAUGAAAGGGGGCGGAGGAGCGGCUUUUUUAACAGUCACAUAACUCCAUGUUUUCAACAGACCUUUUCAAUACCAAAUGAAUUCUUCACAGCAUGUUUUUUAUUACAUCUAAAAGCACAGCCAGCUGUUUUCUGGACACCAGACUGAAAUGUGAUCAGCUGAAUUAAAAAACCUGCAGGCUGGUGGGUCACGAUGGCACCACAGAGGAUUCCUGUAAAUCCUAAUAAACAGCAGGUGGGAGUCUGGGGAUUAUGGUGGAGGACAAACAGCCACAGUCUCCUCUGUUGUUCCUACAGGUGAGCCCGAGUUUCGCUUCACGGCCGGUCUUCACGGGAACGAGGCGCUGGGCCGGGAGAUGAUCCUGCUGCUCAUGCAGUACCUCUGCAAAGAGUACAAAGACAGGAACCCGCGGGCACAGCGGCUGGUGGAGGGGAUCCGCAUCCACCUGGUGCCCUCGCUCAACCCUGAUGGACAAGUAGAAGCUUAUGAAGCAGUGAGUGAAGAUAACCGUUGAUAGUCACGUCGCCUCUUAUGACACAUGAGGUUCAUGCUGCACCUGUCUCCCAUCCUCUUAAACUCUUCAUCUGCAGGGAUCAGAGCUGAGCGGCUGGACCACAGGACACUUCACAGAGGCCGGCUUCGACAUCUUCCAGAACUUUCCAGACCUGAACAACAUCCUGUGGGAUGCUGAAGAUAAGGGCCUGGUGCCCAAAAUCACCCCGAACCACCAUGUGCCGAUACCUGAAGGCUUCGAGUCCAACAGCUCGGUAAGGACUGCAGCGUUUUCAGACUGCAGGAAUCUGUCUGGGUCCAGGGUUUUAUAACUAAUUAAUAACUAAUUAUCAAUAAUUUCUUAAAGACCAUGAUACAGCUGAUACGUCAUCUUCAGGUAAAAUUAAAUCAAAUUUCCCCGGAUGCUCUGGGGUCUUCAGAAAAGCUUAAUUCCUCACAUUUUGUAGUAAUUGGAGUUUUAAUGAAGCUGAAAUUAUCUUUAAACUUUUAAAGGAAAUCUAAAAUCAUUUCAUUAAAUGUUGUACUUGUUUCAUUUUACCAUCUGGCAGAUCUGAAGGGUUGUCGGCUUUAGCUGAGCCGAUCCAGAUGAUCCGGAUCACAUGAGAGUGUUUAUUAGGGUGUAAAUGACAGAGCGAAGGUGGCGUUGACCUCCGAGAACCAAACUGGAGUGGAGCCGUGAUAACUUCGGCUUUUCGCUCGACUCUCUGUGUGUGAUGUGGAGCUCUGUGUUUUCGUUCCAGAUUGCUGUGGAGACCAGGGCCAUAAUCUCCUGGAUGAAAAGCCAUCCAUUUGUGCUGGGUGCGAACUUCCAGGGCGGGGAGUCGCUCGUGGCCUAUCCUUAUGACAGCUUACGCCUCAACAAGCCCGCCGAGAGCCAGAAACCCCACAGCCGCAGGAAGAGACAGUAGGACUACCUCCGUCUUCUUCUGUGUUUGAAUUCUCUGAAGGCGUGGCUCUCUGUGACCCGCUGUGAUAAAUAACCAGAAUUAUGACCCGCAGGUACGAGGAGGAAGGUUUUGAUGUAACAGAGUGGGGGAGGGGCUACCAAGAGGAGCCAGAGGAGGACUGGAGAGGAAGAGGGUAUGCAGAGCCGGAGGAGGAGUGGAGAGGUCACGGCUAUGAACACAGUUACGACCGCAGCUACGACCGUGGUCAUAAUGGUUAUGACCACGGUUAUGACCACGGUUAUGAUCGCGGCUAUGACAGAGGCCACGACCCCGGUUACGACCCCGGUUACAACCAGGGUUAUGGUCGCAGAGAGGAGGAGGACGACGAGAGGGAAAGGAGCGCCGGCUACCAGUACAGCGAGCCGGAGGAUGAACCCCGAGCCAUCGCAGACGAGUCUCUCUUCAGGUGGCUGGCCGUCUCGUACGCCUCCACCCACCUGACCAUGACUCACAGCUUCCGCGGCUCCUGUCACGGCGAGACCUCUGCAGGGGCGCACGGCAUCGUCAACAGGGCCAAAUGGAAGCCGAUCACAGGAAGUAAGUGGAGGCCAGAAGGUCAAACACAUUUCUGUCUGCAGGUGUCUGAACUCUCAGUCUGGGUGACAGCACCCCCUGGUGGUGCUUCAGUGCACUACAGGCUCUCACUUCACUGUGCUCCGCCCCCUCCAGGUAUGAAUGAUUUCAGCUACCUGCACACAAACGGCUUCGAGCUGUCCAUCUUCCUGGGGUGUGAUAAGUUCCCUCAUCAGGACGAGCUGGCUCAGGAGUGGGAGAAGAACCGAGAGGCGAUGCUGACCUUCAUGGAGCAGGUCAGUCCCUCGCCAUAUCAGACAUAAUAUUGAUUUUACAGUGAAAAUAAACCGACAGUCAUACCUUAAAGUCAUAGCUGUGAUUCUCUGACAGAAGAAGAAGCAGCAGCUGUUAGUGAGCUCGCUUUAGCAUCCCUCAGAGAUGAUCAAACACUGACAUUAAAGAUUUAUGAUGAAUCAGAAACAACGUUAAAAAUAACCACUUCAAAAUAAAAGCAGUUUUACCAUUAUAAAUAAACUCUAAUCUAGUUUUAUUUUACAGACAUGAUAAUGGUGAGGUUAGACUCAGAUGACAGUCCUGUUUCAGUGGAGCGGGAUCGUGGCGUAAAAGAACUUUAAAGAACCUUAUUUUCUCGCUCAGGUGCAUCGUGGCAUCAGGGGGAUCGUGAAGGACCAGCAGGGGAACCCCAUCGGAAACGCCACCGUGUCUGUGGAGGGGGUCAACCAUGAUGUCACUACAGGUAAAAAGAACUUACCUGUUUGUUAAAAGUGGGCGUGGCCCUUCGGUUACAAACUGUGAAAACUUCUCAUAGUGUCUUUAAAGUGAAAUUAGUGAUAAAGUUUGGAUGAUGUAAUGGAGGGCAACAUCGUCAACAUUCGUCCUCUCCUCUUCGCUGCAGCGCCAUCAGGAGACUUCUGGCGCCUGUUGAACCCGGGGGAGUACCGUGUGACGGCCCGGGCUGAGGGUUUCUCCCCUGUGACCAAAGUGUGUGUGGUGGGCUACCAAUCAGGAGCGACCACCUGCAGCUUCAACCUGGCCAAGUCCAACUGGGACCGAAUCAAACAGGUGAGUCACUACCGUCCUGAUGCGGCGAUGCUUUUGCGCCGUUACAGAAUCAGGUCAGGUGCGGCUGCAGAACAUGUCACAUGAUUAACCUGUUAGUUCGUUAUUAGUGGGAUAAUAAGUUUCUCUGAUGUCCGCACAGAUCAUGGCUCUCCACGGCAACAAGCCCAUUCGACUCAGCUACAGCAACCGAUUACAGUACCCUGCCGUCACCAACGGCAACAGCAACAGGCGUGUGUCUAACGGCAACAACGGGUACUCGGGGAGUUCACGCGUCAGCGCAGACCGACAGAGGAGGCUGAGGAUAGCUCGUCUGCGCCGCCUUCGACAACAGAGACUAAUGAGGUUAAGAUCAACGACGACAUUACCCCCGACGACCACGAUUCCCACGACGCCAGAGACCACCACAUCCUGGUACGACUCAUGGAUCAUAGGGGAGGGACAGUCAUCGACGCCCGGCGGUUUUACAGACUCAAUCCUGGAUUAUAACUACGAGUACAAGAUCGAUGACUAUUAAAGCGAACGCACACGUCAGUAAAACGCACCAGUCCUCUCAUUCCUGUCGUUCCUGCCGCCACGCCGUACUCUGAGCGUCAGAUUUCUCUUUGUAGGAGUGAGCGGCGGUAACCGGCAGAAUGGAAACUAUGUUAUCUGUAAAGUGUAUCUGUUACCUGACAAACUGAUCCUGUUCUUUGUGGUUCUCGAGUUCGACGGGUCACACUGCGUCCCUCCUCUCGCCGUUGUGUUUCAGCCUUUUUCAAAUGAACACUUCUGUCUUCAUCAAAGUGUUUUAUUGUAGAUGCACAUAAACAAAACUUCAGAGUUGAACUAUUUACACUGUCUUCAUGGAUGGCAGACGUAUUUUUACAGUAUGAGCAGUCAGUGAAGGUCCGUUUGUAACAGAGGAGGGUUCUGUAGUUUCCUCUCACACAGCUGUAAGAAAAGAGUGAUUUUUCUAAUAAAGGCUCGUUCAGACACA